UUUGGUAACUUUGAACAAUAUCGACUAUCAUCAUCUCAUACAUAAUCGAGAAAGCGAGACGGUUAAUUCCAUCCUACUGUCUAAGUGCCACGCAUGGGCUCCGCCGAAUCCACACUGGCGAACUUGCAGUCACAGCAGCCGGGAGAUGUGAUCACCACCAUCUCCGAGAGAGUAGAGAGCGUAGAUCCACUUUUAGAGCAGCUCAAGUCUCUGGAAGUCACAACGCCCAUACUGACGUCUCCGCCGACGGAGAACAGCUUGACUGAUAUCCUUGUGAAGAAACCCUCCUCGGCUUCGGUUACUGGUGGGUGUUUUGCAUCUCAACAACUUACAGUGUUUUUGGUUAGUUCUUUAAAUCCCAAGGUCCUACUGGAGCUCCUCUCAAUGUACCGUGAUUGGCAGGAAGAGAAAGCCAGAAUGAUCAGCAAGAGGCAGGAGGAGAUAGAUAACAAAAUAGAAGUGGCUGAUGCUUUGGCAGUAAAACUUCUUCAGCGUUAUAAUUAUUCAGUCUCUACUAUGAGGACAACGGCACAUAAUCUAUCAGAAGUUCAUCCAUUGCAGGUGGAGGUAGGGGAGCUGAAGGGUAGGCUUACCGAGGUAUUAAGUAAUUGUGAUGCAUUGUGCAAGAGAAUUUCUGUAGAGGGUCCAGAAUCACUUCGCUCAUCUGUCAAACCAUUUGCUAUGGCCAAGACUGAUGUAGAACUUGACCAUGGCUCUUCACCCAAAAUUUCAACAGGAAACUCAACUAAGACUUGAGCCCAAGAUAUCCUGGUUUUGAGAUCUCAUCUUCCUCAUCCUCUUCCCCCCGUUUUGUAAAUAUUCUUUCGUUGAUGGUUUUCAGAAAC